GUCUAUUUUAAUCGUCUUGGAGUUGGGUUCAAUUUGCUGAUUCUCUCUCUCAAACUCUUUCUUCUCUCUUUCUUUUUGACUCUACAGAGUUUCAGAGAUCUUUGAGGGUUUUUUUGUUUGUUUAUGGUGGAAUAGAGAUGGCUGUGGAGUUGUUGUCUGGUUACAGGAACGGCGGCUUCGCCGCCGCUAAGAUGGAGGACAACGCCGUGAAGGAGGCGGCCGCCGCUGGGUUUCAGAGCGUUGAGAAGCUUAUCAGAUUGCUUUCUCAAUCGCAGCCGCAAAGUAGUAGUGGGUUUUCUUCUUCUGGGUCUUUGGCGCCGCCGGCGGCCGGGGAUUACCAGGCGGUGGCGGACGUUGCUGUGAGUAAGUUUAAGAAGUUUAUUUCGUUGCUCGAUCGGACCCGGACGGGUCACGCGCGGUUCCGGAGGGGCCCGAUUUGUAACCCUCCGGCUCCGCAACCGCUGAAGAAAAUGGAUCAGGAAUCGGACCCCGUGCCGUCGGGUCAAACCCGGGUUAUCGAGAACUCCGAGAAGCCGCACACGGGUGCCUCCAAAGUGUAUUCUCCGCCGCCGAUUCAACGAUUGCCGCCGCUCCCGCACAAUCACCACCACCUGCUGAAGAACGGGCCGGCGCCGGAGGCGGCGGCCCGGAAAGAAUCGUCGACCACCAUCAAUUUCUCCGCCUCCCAAGCCACAUCCUCGCCGGGCUCUUUCAUCUCAUCGCUUACCGGCGACACAGAGAGCUUACAACCUUCACUUUCCUCCGGUUUCCAGAUAACCAAUCUCUCCCAGGUCUCGUCGGCCGGCCGUCCCCCUCUGUCCACGUCGUCGUUCAAACGGAAGUGCAAUUCAAUGGACGAUUCCUCCCUAAAGUGCGGUAGUGCUGGUGGGUCAGCCUCAGGACGUUGCCAUUGCCCCAAGAAAAGGAAAUCAAGAGUCAAAAGAGUGGUUAGAAUCCCUGCUAUCAGCAUGAAGAUGGCUGAUAUUCCCCCAGACGAUUUCUCCUGGCGAAAAUACGGCCAAAAGCCCAUCAAAGGCUCCCCACAUCCUAGGGGUUAUUAUAAGUGUAGCAGCGUACGAGGAUGUCCGGCGAGGAAGCAUGUGGAGCGGGCACUGGAUGAUCCGACGAUGUUAAUUGUAACCUACGAAGGAGAACACAACCAUUCGCAAUCGAUCGGGGAAACUCCGGCCUCUCUAAUCCUCGAAUCAUCUUAACCGUGGAUCACCACGCGGUCCUCAAAUCCAACGGCGCAGAGCCACGGAACCAAAGAGUCUAAUCGAAAUCAAAUCAGCGCCGUCCAUGGUUCAGACGGAAGAUGACAAAGGGACUUGCACAGUCGGUCAACGCUGCUGGGUGCACAUUAGGUUCCCACCAUAUGAUUUGUUCCCUCCGCGUUUAUUCGCCGUUGAAAAAAAAAUACCAAAAAAAAAAGGAAAAUUAAAGAAAAGAGGAUUUGGUGGGAAUUGAAUCAUGCAAGUAGUGGGUACUUUGCAUAUUGUAUGUUUUCCUAACAAUAUUAUUAUACAGUACGUAUCUUAUUCAAAAUGCUUUAUUUUAUUUUUUAAUAUAUUGUUUUAGUUAAUUAUUAUGGCUA